AUGGUCAGACGUCUUGGUGCCACACAUUCCUUCGACUACAACAGCUCGUCGUUGCAAGCAAGCAUUCUGAAAGUCAUGAAAGACCGUGAGGUCGUGGGCGCCGUCGCAAUUGGCAAAGGUUCGGCAGAGCUCUGCGUCGACGUGCUUGCGCAAUGUACACACGCUCGAAAAUUUGUCGCUAUUGUCACAUAUCCACAGCUCGAGUCCGAGACAGGCCCACUUCUGGUUGUGCGGAGAGUCAUCAGCUUCUUGAGCUGGAACACGAAGAUGACUAUUAAGGGCUUGUUGAAAGGCGUGGGCUGGAAGUUUGUGUUUGCUACGACCAUUGUUGAAAACGGUCUGGGUAAAGUGCUUUAUGGGGAGGUACUCCCGACGCUGCUCGCUCGUGGAAAAUUUGUCCCUUCUCCCGAGCCGCAAGUCGUGGGCUCAGGACUUGAGAAGCUUCAAGAGGCUAUGGACAUGCAGAAAAAGGGUGUUUCGGCGAGGAAGCUUGUUGUUACUUUGCCUCGAGCUUGA